AUGGACUCCAGCUUCAGAGUCAUCGUCGUCGGUGGCGGCCCCAUCGGCCUCACCGCCGCCCACGCCUUGUCGCACGCCGGCCUCGACUUCGUCCUUCUCGAGAGGCGGGAGAGCGUCGUCGUCGACGCAGGAGCCAGCCUCGUCCUCAUGCCGUCCGGCCUGCGCGUCAUGGCACAGCUGGGACUCCUUGACACCCUGGGAAACGUCAGCUCUGCCCUCUGGCACAACACUCGUCAGGAUCAUGACGGCAACGACCUCUGGAAUUAUGACUACGCCGUUGAUUUCAACAGCUAUCUCGGUGCCCGUCCUAGGGUCGUAAGCCGCCACGAGAUCUCCAAGACCCUCUAUGAAUCCCUGCCGGACCGAGCCAAGGUCAGCAUCUUGAGCAACAAAAAGGUGUCCUGCCUGUCGACCGACGAGGACGGCGUCAGCGUAACAUGCGCGGAUGGCACGGCAUACCGCGGGUCUAUCGUCAUCGGCGCCGACGGUGCGCACAGCAUCGUACGACAGCACGUGCGGGCCCUCAAUACGGGGCUCUCCCACGCCACCGACGACGAGCGGUCCUUCGUCAGCACCUACCGGUGCCUUUGGAUGCGCUUCCCUCUGAGCGCCUCUUCCAGACUGGAGCCGGGCACCGCGUCAGAGACGCACGGCCCGGGAACUUCGACGCAGCUUUUCUGCGGCCCGGACUCGGCCGUCGUAGCCAUCUAUGAGCGGCUAGACAGUCCGACCGAAGAACGCGUGCGGUACACCGAGGCAGACGAACGAUCACUGAUAGAGAGGCGCGGAGACUUGUCGCUGCUGCCUGGCCAUGCUCUCACCAUGCGACGAGCAUACGAUCUGCGCAUCCAGUCGGGCAUGGUGGACCUCGAGGAGGGCGUCGCAGAGCACUGGAGCGGCGGGUCACGGUUCGUCCUGGUAGGCGACGCCGCGCACAAGUUCACGCCCAACACCGGCUCAGGCUGCAACCAGGGCAUGGUGGAUGUUUUUGCCCUGGGCAACGAGCUCUACAAGGCUGUCGCGUCCCGAGACGGCGACAGGACCCCGGCAAAGGAGAGCAUCGAACAAGCCUUCCAGGCCUACCAGGACCUGCGGAAGCCUGCUGCAGUGGCCCAUUGCAGGGCUGGCGGCCGCGUCGCUGCCACGUCGACCUGGUCCAGCGCGGUGCUGACCUUUGUGGACCGCUGGGUCUUCAGCUUAAGCCAGGUACGCAGCUACUUCAUAUGGAAGGCGUCUGUCAAGGAAUCGCAGAUGCCCAUGCUCAGCUACGUGCCGGGUGAGGAACGAUUUACCGGUUCAGUGCCCUGGGUGAAUCCUGUUCCGUCUAGCGUCGGUGUAUGA